CGAAUAGUAAUGUUAGCAACUAAAUACCGCUCUAUCCACCAUGCAAUUGUAGCAUAAAAGGCCAUGACCUAACAAAGACUACGUCAGUCUCUACCACCACCGUUUAAAACUUCUAUAGUAGCAGUCAAUGCGAGCGGGACAUUCUCCUCAAACGAACUAAAAACGCCCUAACUCACCCGUCCAAACAACCACUUCAACACCACCACCACCACCACCACCAAAGCAAACAAGCCAUGGGCUCCGUCGUCCUCCCCCACCUCACCACAGGCUGGCACGUGGACCAAGCAAUCCUCUCCGACGAAGAGCGGCUCGUGGUCAUCCGCUUCGGGCGCGACUGGGACCCAGACUGCAUGCGGCAGGACGAGGUACUCUUCCGCAUCGCCGACCGGGUCAAGAACUUCGCCGUAAUCUACGUCUGCGACAUUGACCAGGUGCCGGACUUCAACCAGAUGUACGAGCUCUACGACCCGAUGACGAUCAUGUUCUUCUUCCGCAACAAGCACAUGAUGUGCGAUUUCGGGACGGGGAACAACAACAAGCUCAACUGGGUGCUGGAUGAUAAGCAGGAGCUCAUUGAUAUCAUUGAGACGAUUUACAAGGGCGCGAAGAAGGGGAGGGGGUUGGUGGUUAGUCCCAAGGAUUAUUCGACGAGGUAUCGGUAUUAAAACGGGGCCCACCACCCGUGUGUGCGUGUGUGUAUUAUGUGGUCGUCAAGCCUAGGACAAUGGAAUUUGUGGGUACGGCACUAACAGUACAUUACUAGAAGAGUGGAAGGGAAGGGUGUUGUUGUGCUGCUGCACUCUGGAGUUACAAGGUGUUUUGAAAGCGAUUCUUUUGCGUUUUAUUAUGAUGUUAAUGACUUCAUGGGAAAAUCAGAGCUUGGGGGGUUGAGCUGGUGCUUUGAUUAAUAGAAUACCAUAAGAGCAAGGCAAUAUGUGAUGAGUCUCAUAUGAUAUAGUUUUUUUUUUUUUUUUUUUUUU